CGUUUUCUGUAUUCAAAACGAAAGAUUAGUUUUUAUUUAAAUGGAAGAUACAAUUGAGUUUUGAUACAUACGAGGUGUAAUUUCUCCCAUUAUUAAAAAGUAGUGAAUAUCGUUAGUUUCAGUAAAAUGUGUUGAAAUGGAUAUUUGGAGACAUAAGUUUAGUCAAGAGUCCAGAAUCGAUUUAUUGGAAUUUCUAAGUUUGGCUAUUGAAAUGAAAACUGAUAAUGCAAAUUGUGAUUUGAAAGAAUACGAGCGCUUGAAAAAUUUGUUUACAUUGGAUUGUGACACAAAAUCACACCUAAAAUCUUAUGUCCACAACAAUAAAACUUGUAUUGACAUAUGCCUGAGCGAUGAAGACGGCUAUAACAAUGUCACAGAAACACAUAGCAAAACCUCAAAUUCCCAAGUGGCAAACACAAUCGAGGAAGUAUUAUUGUCCCAACCAAAUGUGUCAACUGAGGAUGUUGUUUAUGCCAUAAAAGAAAAUCUUGUGAUGAAAGGGACCCUUCCCAAUGGCGUGUUGCAAAAUUUAAGCAAAGCAAAUUGUGGGGUCUUAGAAAAAGUUUUUAAAGCCCUUGCCGAUAUACUGAACAUGGAAGAGGUGCGCUAUUUGUGGCUGUCGCUUCUGGAUUAUACAGGCAUUGAGGAUAGGGUCGUGCGCGUCUGUUUAAAUCUUUUACUUCUGACAAAGGUAAAAUUGGAAUAUUCUGAAGAGACUCAAAACAUAUUUUCAAGGCUUGGUGUAAAACAUUAUGCAAUUUUGAAAAAGCAAUUGGUAAAUGAGUUACAGGAAUUAAAAUCUCAAAAACUUGACCAGGCUAGAAUUCUGUUGCAAUAUAUAUCUCACAUGAGCAACAAUUUUAAAACCGAUUUAUUUAGGGAAUUUAUUUUUAAUUGUGACAAGCUCCAUCCAAACUAUAUUCCUGUUAUUGAAACAUUAUUGACCACCCAUACAGAAUAUGAUUUACUCAACAAGUCAAUUGAGUUUAUGUCCAACGCGGCUACAGACUAUUCGAGGGAUAAGUCUUUUGGCAAGCUUUUGUUUAGCGUGGUCAGGUUGCUGGACAAAGACGUCAUUCGCCUUGAACAACCCUUGAAACAUAUUUUGGGGACUCACAGAUCGAUUUGGAAGACGAAAGUUGAUAAGAUUGUGAUCAGUAUAUUCGAAGAGAGUCUAACGCAGAGCUUUAGAUAAAUUUCAUUUUUAUUGAAUUGCAUUUAAUUUGUUCCAUAAUGUAAUAAAAU